AUGGUCGCACUGCUCUCGACGUCGUUGGACGACGACGCUGCCUGCCACGUCCUCGCCACGCCCGACGACCGCCGCGCCGUGCCCCACCACCGCAUCUGUAAAGCGCUUUGGCCGCUCCUCUCUCUCGCCUUUCUCAUUUCGGUCGUAUCGGGCAUCGUCUACGCAGUCCAGUCCAACGCGAGCAGCCACGAGACGGCUCUCUCCAACACUCAGCGCAUUAUCGUAUCGCCCACCUCGUGCAUCGCGCCACCGCCGUCGCAGCGCGUUGUUCUCUUUUGGGAGACCCAAGUCGACGGUUGCACGACAGUCCCGCCUGGCGUCACACACAUUGUAUUUGGCUUUGCGCUCGUGCAACAAAGUCGUGUCGUGCCGACGUUCCAAGGCGCCGAGGCGACGCUCCGCGCCUGUAUCGCUGCCCUUCAAGAGCGCUGCAUCGUUGUCAUGGCCAGCAUCGGCGGCGCGACCAACGUCGACGGUAUGGCGAACAUUGAUGCGCCGGACGCGUUCGCGGCGUCCGCCCUCGCGCUCGUCGAGUCGUUUGGCUUUGAUGGCGUUGACAUUGAUGACGAGACCGUGGGGUCGCAGCAUGACGCUACGCGCGUCACAGCAUACAUGACGGCGCUGUACCGCGCGCUCAAAAGCGGCAGCAAAACGUACUACAUCAGCUACGAUGUGUUCGUGUUCGAAGGCGUUGCGUCCUUCUGCACCAAGGCGGUCCAUGCAGCGUACUCGCGCUGUUUUGCGCCAGCGCUCUUGCCGCUGCUCGACUGGAUAAACAUCAUGGCGUACAACGUCGAUAUCGACCGCACGGCCGCCGCGGCGUUUUAUGCGAAUGCAACGAGCUCAACCUUUCCCGAGUGGUUCAGCUCGCACCUCGGCGGCGACGUGGCGAAAGCGACCAUUGGUAUCUGCGUCGGCAGCAGUUGCGCGUACGGCGACGGCCCUAGCGACGCCGUCAUCACCGACUGGACCGCGUAUGCCAAGACCCACGGUGGCAUGAUGGUGUACGCUGGCUCGUCCGACAUCAACUUUGCCGCCACCGAGUCCAUCAUCACCGCCUUGGCGCCGCACUAG